GAAAGAGCAGAUGUGGUUGGCUCUUGGUUAAUUUUCCCACAAUUACUUGAGCUGUUAUCUUCUUGACAUUGGUUUAAUGGUCGCACGAUACGGGCACAAAGCAGUAGACGCCAUAGCGAAGCUCCUCCACACUGAUAAUCCGCAGCAAUGCUAGCUUCAACGGCUUUGAAUCUAAGCUCCUUUGCCCCCGUUUCCGUGAUGGAUUUUCCGGCACCCAACUCUUGUAAGCUUUCUUCGCAGUUUGGGUUUCGCUCCUUGCCAUUGUUGGCUCUGCCGCACGCUUUGCUGAAGCGCUCAAGAACUUGUGUUAAAACCGCCGUAGCCGCUGUCGAAUCAUCCUCUGAUACUGCGGUAAAGAAAGAAACAGAAAGGAAGAAGUAUUAUUUUGUUGUUGCGAAUGCAAAAUUCAUGUUGGAUGAAGAGGAGCAUUUCCAGGAGCAAUUGUUUGAGCGUCUUAGGUAUUAUGGUGAAUGUGGAAAGGAACAAGAUUUCUGGCUUGUUAUUGAGCCUAAGUUCUUGGAUCAAUUUCCUGACAUUACAAAGAGACUAAAGAGACCUGCAGUGGCUCUAGUUUCUACCAAUGGCCCCUGGAUCAAGUUCAUGAAACUAAGAUUAGAUAGAGUUUUACAAGACUGUUUUGAGGCUGAUAGUGUAGAAGAAGCAUUGAUUUCUUCCCCUGUCAAACUUGAGUUUGAGAAACAAGAGAAUUGGACUGCACCAUACCCUAAGUAUAAGUUUGGAUGGUGGGACCCCUUUUUUCUUCCAGAAUCUCAAACUCAAAAGGUAUGAGUAGAGUCAUCCAAGUUUUUUGUAUUUUGUAGUAUGAUGUCAGAAACUCGCGAGCAAUUGUUUGUUAAGGGAGUUGACAAAAUAUCAGAACCUCAACUUAGUACUCCAAAGUUAGUGUAUAUGAAGAGAUGAAAUGUUGAAAGGCAGCAAAAGCCUGCAGGUGAAAUUUGUAUCUGACUUAUGUUUCUUCUGUUUCAUUUUUAUUAUUGUAUUACAAUCAGUUUCAACUU